UGGUGGCUCCGUGUGGUUUUUAACACCCAGCUCUGCUACAAGCCGGGUUCGUCUCUCAGGGAGGUUUCACUCACCGUCGCCAGGAGGAGUCAGCUCGCGUUCGGUCGGCAUACACAGCAACACGGCGGUUAUGUCUGCGGUUCGGACCCCGAGUGGAGACUUCUCGUUAAGCUGCCGUAGCCGUUAGCUCGCUGCUUUGGGUCCGCUGAGUUGUAGCUACAACAGGCUUUUUGUUCUGCUCCCGGACAGCCUCUGCAUGACAAACCGUCCCCACUGUUCAGAGCGGACAGGGCGGUAGUACAGCGGCUGCUUUAUUGGGAAACGUGUCAGGGAGACCACCCCCCUCCUUAUCGCCACCACCACCCUCCCAGGUUGUGAACCCCUGCCGCGGGGCUAACACCCCCGGUCAUCGAGCGAAUUCAUGGCCGGAAAUCCGAGGAGGGGCGCCGGACUCAUCGGGCUGAUGAAGGACGCCUUUCAGCCCCACCAGCAGCCUCUGCAGCCUCACCAGCCCGCUGUGGUCGAUAAGAAAAUGGUGGAGAAAUGCUGGAAGCUCAUGGAUAAGGUGGUGCGUUUGUGCCAGAACCCCAAGGUGGCGCUGAAGAACAGCCCACCCUACAUCCUGGACUUGCUGCCGGACACCUACCAGCACCUGCGCACCAUCCUGUCCAGGUACGAGGGCAAGAUGGAGAUCCUCGGGGAGAACGAGUAUUUCCGGGUGGUCAUCGAUAACCUCACAAACAAGACGAAGCAGACCAUGAGCCUGUUCAAGGAGGCCAAGGAGCGGAUGUACGAGGAGAACUCGCAGGCCAGGAGGAACCUGACCAAGCUGUCUCUGAUCUUCAGUCACAUGCUGGCUGAGCUGAAGGCCAUCUUUCCCAAUGGCCUGUUUCAAGGGGACAACUUCCGAAUUACCAAAGCUGACGCCGCUGAAUUUUGGAGAAGGUCAUUCGGAGACAAAACCAUCGUACCCUGGAGGAUGUUCCGCCAGGCUCUGCAUGAGUUUCACCCCAUAAGUUCUGGUUUGGAAGCCAUGGCGCUGAAGUCCACUAUCGACCUCACCUGCAACGACUACAUCUCUGUUUUUGAGUUUGACAUCUUCACCCGACUCUUUCAGCCGUGGUCGUCUCUUCUGAGAAACUGGAACAGCCUAGCAGUCACACAUCCCGGGUACAUGGCCUUCCUGACGUACGACGAAGUCAAGGCUCGACUGCAGAGAUUCAUCCACAAACCUGGCAGCUACAUCUUCCGGCUGAGCUGCACUCGGCUGGGACAGUGGGCAAUCGGCUACGUGACAGCCGACGGGAACAUCCUGCAGACCAUUCCCCACAAUAAACCGCUUUUCCAAGCCCUCAUCGAUGGAUACAGAGAGGGAUUCUAUCUUUUCCCAGACGGCCGUGCGCAGAACCCAGACCUGACGGGGCUGUGUGAGCCUUCUCCUCAGGACCACAUCAAAGUUACUCAGGAGCAGUACGAGCUCUACUGUGAGAUGGGCUCCACCUUCCAGCUCUGCAAGAUUUGCGCCGAAAACGACAAAGACGUGAAGAUUGAGCCCUGUAGACAUCUGAUGUGCACUUCCUGUCUGACCGCCUGGCAGGAGUCAGAGGGUCAAGGCUGCCCCUUCUGCCGCUGUGAGAUCAAAGGCACGGAGCCCAUCGUGGUGGACCCCUUCCACCCUAAGGCCAGCGGGGCUUCCUUCGCCGGCUUCCAGAGCUCCAGCCGAGCCGAAGCAGCAGCAAACGAUGAGGAAGAGGACGACCGUCUGGAGGAGCAGCAUCUGGUCAUGAGCAGGCUGGCCUGCAGUAGUAAGGUGGAACGUCCGGCGUCUCCGGUGUCUCAGCUGCCUCCGGUGCCUCCACGGCUGGACUUGCUGCAGCAGAGGUCCGCGCUGAGUCAGGGCUCCACAGCCAAGGUUGCGGUCACUCACAGAGACAAGCCUCUACCUCCCCCCCCUGCUGUGAGGGAGCUUCCCCCUCCACCCCCUCCAGAUCGACCCUCGGUCCCCGUCCAGGACCCCAGGCUGCAGAGGAGACCGCUGCCCUCCACCCCUGACCAGCCCGCCUGGGCGGCCAACUACAUGGUUCCUCGGCCCGCCACCAAGGCCUCCCUCCCCCAGAGCAGUGGCAACAACGGGGAGGGCCCCAGGCCCCAGGCAGCCACCAACGCCAUCUACUGCCUGGCCGCCAGGUCUCUGCCUUCGUCGGCGGCCUCAGCUGGAGAAAAGCCAUCGUCAGACGGUGAGGAGAACGAGUACAUGAGUCCCACCUCCUUGCCGGUCUCUGGCGCCCCCUGGGUCAUCGCGGGCUCCUUGGUGCCCCCCCCUCCUGCCCAGACAAACAACCACAACGACGUCAGUGAGCUGGGCGACGACGACUCUGAUGACCCUCAAGUGUACGAAUCCAUGUUCAACAUCCAGAGUCAGGCCGGCUCCUCUGACACAACGCAGGCCUCUGAUCUGGAACUCGACCAGCUUCAAGCUGCGGCUUCCCAGGACAGAAAGGAAGACAGCGAAGCGGAGGACAUCUACGAGUUUGACCGUCCCCGCCCUGUGGCACCCCCCGCCCCCACCCGACGGAUCCCGUCUGAAAUCAGCUGUCCCUCCGCACCCUUCAGCUCACUCAGCAUGGAUGCUUCAGCAGAAGCAGGAGCGUUUGCCGAGUCGGACCGGCCGCCCCGGCCCCUCCCACGCAGAGCCAACUCCGACCGCUGCCCUCGACCUUUCAACCGCGACCUUUCAGCUCCGCUGCCCGAACUGCCCGGCCCAUCCUCCGCUUCACCGCCUCCUCCUCCUCUCCCUCUCCCUCCCCCUCCGCCACCUGCAGCUGCUGCCACUGUCACCGCUGGCAACCAGGCCCUGAACGGUGAGAUCGAAUGUCUGAUAUCCCAAGGCUACUCCAUGCAGGACAUCCAGAAGGCGCUGAUGAUCGCCCAGAACAACCUGGAGACGGCCAAAAACAUUCUGCGCGAGUUUGUCUCCGUCCCCUCCACGACCCACAUCGCCACAUAGUCACUCAGGUCCUGCUCCGCCCUCCUUCCCCCCACGCCCCUGUCUCCGCUUUGUGCCAUUAUUAUGGAUAGCAUUUACCGAGCACUUUUCCACGGGGAAACACCAGAUCUGAGGAAAAACAUCCAAAGUUAAUUGUAAUCAUCUGCGUCAGGUAUUAUAUGCUUUUCUUAAAGGAUUUAAGGUGUGAAAACAGGAUUGUUUUUUUUUUUUUGUGAGUGAUCCUGAAGCCUCAACAGUUUCUCUACGUCGCCCCCAGCUGGAAAUGGAAGGAACUGGAUUCCCCAUCAGCUGAUUGCUUCAUCUCUUUUGGCUUAAAUGAUCUGAAACGCGUAAAAAGGAUCUUUGUGAAGCCAAACUUUCAUCAUGUCGCUGUUCAGUUCGCUGCUUCUCCGCAGACUGUGGUGUGCAAAUCUGUAACUAAUCAGAAAUUAGUGAGUAGAAGUCUGAGGCGUGCGUUCUCGUGCUGCAGGGUUGUGGCUCCAUUUCCCAUCACCUUCUGGGUCAUCAAGUACUUUAAUCUUUAAGUGCUCUCCUCACAUGUUGUACUGUGUGCAGAACUAACAAUAGUGGAAAUUAAUUCCAUUUUAAGUAUGUUUUUUUUUUCUAACAUUUUCCAGUUUAUUUUGUGGAAAAUCGGGCAACAGUGUCUCAACAUUCAGGUUUGACUGCCAACGUAUCGGUGGAGGCAGGGAAGUCUAGGAAAAGUGAAUCCCCGAUUAUCAAGUGGCAGCACCACUGUGUCGAUGUCUGCGUUCACAAAGCAGAAAAAUAUGACUCAAAUCCAAUUUUAAUUAAUUUAUUUUUUUGCCAAUAUCCGACUUUCUCAUGGAAGUCUGAUCGGCACAAUACCGAUCUUUUCACCCCAAGAUAAAUCAGAUUUGUUCCACAUAGAUGUGGGACUAAAUGAUAUCAGAUAUUUUUCAGGGCGUCAGCAGUAGGAACAGUCGUCUUAUUCAACUUUUACAUCAUAACUCUGCACCAGAAGAAGUCAGAUGCUGUAAAUCUGGACGUAAACAAUGGCUGGACAUUAUAAUUAUGAAAUUGUGAAAGCCGUCUGUGUUAGCGAAGCGCAUCACCUCACAACCCCCCACUUCCAGUUCCAACCUCAUGUCCAAACAGAGCUGUGUUCUCGUUAUGUUCUCGUUAUGUUCUCGUUAUGUUCUCGCUAUGUUCUCGUGACGAUGCGGUCGACUCUGAAGAACUUUAAAACUCAUUGAUAGACGGCGGCCAUUAUUACUGCAGUAAACAUUAUUAUUACUGCUCUGUGACAUAAGUAAGUAAAGCUAAGACAAAAAUCACAAAGUGCUUCAAGAAACAAAAUAAGUACACAAAAGAAAAUUAAGCCAAAGCAGAUUUAGAUAAGUCUAUGUCUGCGCUCAUGGCUCGCUAGCUGUUCACACAGAAGACGUGUUGCGGUCGCAUUUAAUCAGUAGCAUGAACGACCACGCAGAAAAAAUAAAUCAGAUUUCAGUUAAAAAACAAAAAAACAAUCGGAAUUGAGCAUCAAGACCUGCUGCGUGGAAAUCUCCCUGAUUUGUCGUCCAGAUUCUGCAGGCCUUUCUAAAGUAAAUAAAGAGGCAGAGCUGGCCUUUACAUCCUGCAGGUCAGCUUCAAAUGGUUUCCGUUUCAGCUGCUUUAUGUCAAACACUUCCUAGAAUAAUAGGACAGGUCCGCUCCUACCUAAACGUCCUGUCCCCGACUGAUCUACCUCACCGGGCUCCGAAUCCCCAAGCAGACUGUGGACAGAUUAGAAACCUGGAUCCGUUCCUGACUGAUGGACGAACACUCAUCCAUUUCCACUCGCAGGCAACAGAUCACAGCCUUCCGUUCACGUCACCCAGUUCCCAAGAAACUGAAUCCCACAUGUUAGCGACCCACAAACAUCCACAGAGAAGCUCCCACUCUGUCUGCAGAGUGAAAACGGAGAGACGAAGCUAACAGUAGUGCUCCAUAAAGUCAAGGAUUCCCCAAUCAGUUAUUUAAAAGGAAGAAUAGGCCCAUAUCUAGUCCAAUACUCUAUGAAAGUUCAAUUUGUGCCAUGGAUCUGUCUUGAAACACUGUGAAGGUUAGUAAAAAAAAAAAAAAAAAAGCACUACAGCUCCGACAUGGGUUAAGUAAGCUAAUCUCCCUUAAAAUCACCACAACUUUUAUCAUUUAUUUGUAAACCUGUGUCUGACUCGACUUAUACUGCUGUCACCCAACGUUCACCUUGGAGGGAAAAAUGAUCCUUUUCUGUCCUAAAAGUUUCUCUAAGUAGCUUUUGAUGACAUCAGAUAGGUUUACUUCACGUUUGUCAUGUGAAAAGAAUCAGCAUCAUUAAAGUGGUCCUACAAGUUCGCAUCCAGCACAACACUAAGCUAGGCUAGUGCUAGCAUGUUUUCUCUCCCUCUCUUCCAAUGUGACUCGUUGAAAAUUCCCGCUUUCAGUUCGGUUCCAGUUAAUCGUGUGCAAAUGAAACUUAUUGGAAAAGGAUGUUUUCAGCUUCAUGACUUCAGCGCUCCACAUUGAGAGACUUUAGCAACUGGCGUUUGACCACAAUCUUUAGUGUUGGACGUGCAGAAGACUGACCGGGGCAGAUCGAGGGGAAUAGUCUUGAACUUCGACUUCAGACGGACCAAUUAGCGCAUCUGUACUUUGCUUUGAAGGCCUUUCAGCAGCUGCAUUUGAUUGUGCAUUUUGAAUCCGAUUCAGUUUUACUGCAAAAGCAAAAAAUCUAACCAAGUGUUUUUGGUCUAGUUUGUACUGCAAAUAUCUUACUGAGCUUGAAAUAAGACAAAACUAACAAACUUCUCAGCAAGAUAUGGGAGUUUGUUUUAAGUGAAUAAUUCUUGAAAGUAGAUAAAAAACAUUUGCCUGUUCCACUGGCAUAACAUUGGGAAUUGUCUUGUUAUAAGUGAAACAAUCUGCCAGCAAUUUUUUAAUCAGUAUUAAAUAAUUAUUUACUUAAAACAAGCCCUUAUAUCUGUCUGAAAAGUUACACAGUUGAAAUAACAUAAAACUGAGAUAUUUCCAGUACAAACUAGAGCAAAACUACUUAUUUCUAACAUUUUGUUUUUGCAGCGUACUCAAGCUUAUAUUAGAAGAAAAAACACAAUGACAUGAUUUAUGGUAAAUACAAUAGGUUUUGUUUUUCUGCUCUGUGUUCAGAUUUUAGCAAACAAAAUCCCUCAGAUGACGGCUUUUCUAUCUGAACACCAAGGUUUUAUUAAAAGAGUCGCUGCUGUUUUAGCAUUAAACGUCCUUGUAGAACUUUUUUUAUGCUGCAUUGAGUGACUAGAGCCGCCAGACGUCCAGGUAGCAUUGAAAGCCUGAAUGCAGGUUAUUUAAAUAGUUUGCUAACAUCUAUAGCAGUUCUGCAGAGACGCCACAGUAAUAAUAAAUCUGCAGCAUUUUGUGCAGCCCUGGUUUCAAUGUGAUCUCUCCUGUCACCAUCCGCUCGGACUUUAAGUCAUUCCACAUGAAUGUGCAAAUGUUUUGUUACGCUUUAUUUUUUUUGUACUAGAUUGUAGGAAGAAGCAUUCCAAAAUGUUUCUGCAAUAUUGGAAUUUUUGCCCAACUUAAAGCCCCAGUUUUACAUAUUUAAGAUCAUAGUUACAUUUUGUUGUGGCUUCAUCCUUUCUUCUGUUUGGAGCAGACGUGUUUCAUCUGCAAGGCUUCACGGGUAGUGGCUCAGAUGAUCAUCAAUUUAUUGUUUAUUUAUUCUUUUUUUUGUGAAUUAAAAAAUUGUUCAACUGCAAAUUUUAGAAAAAAAUAACUUGAAAAAAUUUACUUCUAUUGUAUAUUAUUUUUUAAAUGCCGUAGUAGCAUCUUUAUUAAGCAUUAAGGUGGAGAAAAACUGAUUUAAAAAGCUUUGAACUCGUUCUCAGGUGUGUGAAUCCUCUAGUAUCCACUAGGUGGCGCCAGAGCACAAACGUCGCGCAUUUUAUUUUCUUUGUGAAGAAGAAAAGUCCAGGUUUCCAGUCUGUUUUACUGAACUCAUGCUAUGGUUAGUAAAAUUAGAUUUAAUAUCAACCAGAAACUGACUAAGGAUGUUUUCUUGCGACCCCUACUGGUCGUUGGGAAGCAUGCAGGUUUUACGUUUAAAUUUUGCAAAUCUCCUGUUCAGAUUUAAAACUUUUAGACAUUUUAAAAGGUCAAAAUAUACUUUUUCCGACUACAAAGUAAUGUAAACGGACAAAGGUGUAAAAAGAGAAUGUUGGUACAAAGAAGGCAUUUGAAUGGGAAAAAUUACAUCACAGUAGCUGAGUUUCCAUCGACUAGUGGAAUACAGAAAAUACAUUUGUUAAAUGGAACUACGCCAUUUUUUUAAACUGACGUGUUUCGGUCAAAAAUUUAUGGAUUCUCGUCGUAUCAAAAUUAAUGUGUUUCUCAAAUUUUAAAUGGAAACACUUCUUUCGCGUCACAUGAGUCACGUGAUCAGCAAAAGCAGAAAAGACGAAGACGACAAGAGGAAGCUGUUGUGAUUUGAAAAUGGAUGGAUUUGUUUUGGGGGGGUUUUAUCACGUGAACAAGCUUAUUCGCGUGUGAUUUUAAUUGUGUUUCUUUAAUGGAAACACAGCAACUGCGAAAUGAUUUUUUUUUAUAUUAGCAGAACAUCAACAGUGUUUUGCGUAUACUUGUAUACGGAAACGCAGCUACUGUUGUUAGCCUCUUUUAUCUGCUGUGAAAAAGUUUUUACACCCACAUGGAUUUUGUUCAGUUUCUGUCACCAUCAUAAGAGACGGUGACAAAGAAAACAAGAGAAUGCAAAAUUCAAUUUUCAUUUAUUAAAGAAAAACUUGAUUUAUUUGUCAUUAGGCUUAUUUUUUUUAUGAAUUCUCCAGGAUAAAUACAUCAGUAAAUAAAACUUGUAGGCUAAAUGUUAUGAAAUCCUUGGUAAGAAUUGAAGUGUCCUUUUCUCUACACUGAGGUUUAAACUGGUUUUAGUGGGAGAAGGUGAAUUAUUGUGCCUCCUGUCAGUGGCAGAACUGGGCGAAUCGCUCCAUUUCCGUCUGGACUCUCCUCUCCCCCUCUUGUUGUCGUUUCACUCCACAUCUGAACUCUGAGAGCAGAACCAUCAGUGGCUUGGUGUCGGUUCCCGUCUGCUGACUUCUCUCUGUGACUGUGUGUUGGUUUACCCAGUUAACUGGCCUUCGUCAAAUGAAACUUGCCUACUAAAAACUCGUCGCUUUAUUACCUGUAUAGAUACGAUUUUAUUUAUUGUCUUUUUAAUAUCCUCUGCAUUCAUUGUGCCGCCAUGUUUUCAUGCCUAAGCCAUUAAGAUUUUUAAUUAAACUGUAUUUUUCUUUAA